CUAAUAAAAUCCAGGACUAAGUUUCAUAGGUUAGGUUAUAGGUAGUUUUACGGAACGAAGGGAGGAGCAAAACAAUAAGGGAAAGUAAAUAUCUCUCGCCUCUACCACGUAUACAGUUAGAAAGCCAAUAUGAUGAUACACUAUUAUUCUGACGAGCUCAAACUCCAGCUUCACCUAUAUACCUACCUAAGGUACCUAAGUAGUACGGAUUCCGUAAUCGGGACCCCGCGUGCCCCCCCCAUCGCAAUGAUAAAUCUUUAAGCUUCAAGAACCAAGCUUUUCGUGUUGGGCACUGGGUUCAACUAUAUACCAAAGAGUCGAGCCAUUGAUCAGUGAAUACUUACAAGAUGUCGGCCCAGAAGGUAUUGAUGCUCGGAGCGGGUUUCGUAACCCUCCCUACACUCCACAUUCUGAGCGAUGCUGGUAUUGCAGUCACCGUUGCUUGCAGAACUCUCGCAUCGGCCCAGUCCCUUUCUAAGGGAGUCAAACACGCCACCCCCAUCUCCCUUGACGUGAACGACGACAAGACUCUCGACACCGAGGUUGGCAAGCAUGACCUAGUUAUCAGCUUAAUCCCCUAUACCUUCCAUGCCACCGUCAUCAAGUCGGCCAUUCGCCAGAAGAAGCAUGUUGUCACGACAAGCUACGUCUCGCCGGCCAUGUUGGAGUUGGACCAACAAGCCAAGGACGCCGGUAUCACCGUUAUGAACGAGAUUGGCUUAGAUCCCGGCAUUGACCACUUAUAUGCCGUCAAGACAAUCGAGGAAGUACACAAGGCCGGGGGGAAGAUUCUAAGCUUCUUAUCCUACUGCGGCGGCUUGCCAGCUCCUGAAGACUCGGACAACCCUCUGGGUUAUAAAUUUAGCUGGUCGUCUCGUGGAGUUCUCUUAGCCUUGAGAAAUGCGGCCAAGUACUGGAAAGACGGCAAGGUAGUAGAUGUUGCAUCAAAGGACCUGAUGGGUACUGCGAAGCCGUACUUCAUCUACCCCGGUUACGCUUUCGUUGCCUACCCGAACCGAGACUCGACCCCCUACAAGGAGCGGUAUAAUAUUCCAGAGGCACAGACCAUCGUCCGUGGCACUCUCAGAUACCAGGGCUUCCCCGAGUUCAUCCGAGUGCUGGUCGACAUUGGAUUCUUAGAUGACACCGAGCAAGACUUCCUAAAGCAAUCCAUUACCUGGAAAGAGGCUACACAAAAGAUCCUAGGCGCCUCCGCAAGCAGCCAAGGCGACCUCGAGUCUACAAUUGCGUCCAAAACCACGUUUGCUUCACCGGAGGAGAAGACACGAAUCGUUAGUGGCUUGCGGUGGAUUGGUAUCUUCUCGGACGAGAAGAUUACCCCCCGAGGUAACCCAUUAGACACUCUGUGCGCGACGCUAGAAAAGAAGAUGCAAUACGAGGAGGGGGAACGAGACUUCGUAAUGCUGCAGCACAAGUUCGAAAUCGAGAACAAAGACGGCAGCCGGGAAGUUAAGACGUCAACCCUGUGCGAGUAUGGCGAUCCCAAGGGCUACAGUGCGAUGGCUAAGCUAGUGGGUGUGCCAUGCGGUGUGGCAGUCAAGCAGGUGCUCGAUGGUACUAUCUCCGAGAGGGGCAUUCUUGCUCCGAUGAGCUCCAAGAUUAACGACCCCUUAAUGAAGGAGCUAAAGGAGAAGUACGGCAUUUUUCUGAAAGAGAAGACCAUACUGUGAGACGUCGGCUAUGUCGGUUGAUUUAGCUACAGCGAUGUAGUGGCAGUGGUAGUGGUAGUGGUAGUGCGGUACAAAAAAGGGGGCUUGACUAAACCUUGAAGUGGCCGUGAACUUUUACAUAGUGCUUUCAAAAAGGUAGAGAAAAAAGGGUGGGCUUGUGUACAUAUGUUAGGAACUUAGCUAAGAUAUCCAUAAAUCGAUGGAAAUACUAACAUAUGCGCGUAUGUAUUUU